AUGGAGGAAAGUAUAGACUCAGGAACUUCAACCUCAACCUCUAUCCCUAAGAAAAACAUUUCUAUUGACGAGGCUUUGGAGAAGUUAAAACAACAAUGUAAUGAAGAAUGGCAACAAAUAGUAAAUUUGCAACAUAAAGUCGUCGUCCCGAAACAAAAUGAGACUCCGUUGCAUACGGCACAAAGUAAGGAAAUAGCAAUAUUAAAACAAGAAGAGCAAAGGCUGCUUUUUGAGAUUGAAAUGGGAAAACGAGAGAUGAAAAGAACCCAAAAUGUACCACCUAUUGUCGAUGAACUCUUAGUCCGAAAGCAAGUCCAUCAAAUUAUACAACAAUACAAGAGAUCAAUCCCUUCGUUACGUCAAGAAUUAAAAAAUACUAGGGAUAAAUCUCAGAGAGAAAAACAAACACUCGAAGAAAGCGAUGCAAUUAACGCCGCUUUAACUUUGCGUGUUGAAAAAUUAAAGAACCACGAUUCUCAGGAUUCGACUACAAUUCAAAAUGCAGAAAUUAGUCAGAUGCAAGAAAAACUUGCCGCUGUAAAGCAGAAUCUGGAGUUUUUAAUGAAGGAGUUGAUUGCAUUUCUUGAUAAACAUUUUCCGCCAAAGUCGCUGUUAUCUGAUGAAUCAUCAAAAAAUAACAAUGAAGAUGAUGAAUCAGAUGAAUUGACAUCAUCUUUGAAAGCUAUAUUAGAAGAUUUAAUGAAUUUAUCAUUCUCAAAACCACACGAUCCGUGGCUUCUAAUCGACGAAGCAAAAGUAUGGUCACCAUAUGUAGAACUUUUGAUACGCGCUGAAAUAGCAGUUCGGAAUCCUAAAGACGCUACAAAGAUUAAAUUGAUCGAGUUUCAUGUGUAG